AUGGCCUCUGCUCUCUCGGGCUUGUUCCCCGAGCCCAGGAGCCCAGCUUGGCCCCCAGCCUCGCAGGAGAUUUGGGCCCGCCAGGGCGUGCUCCUGAGGUGCUCAGGAGGGAGCCUCCCUCCCCGGGACAGUCCCCAACUCAGGCUCAAUCCAGGAUAUAACGGAGUUCUCCAAGGGACGCGGCCGUGGAGGGCUGAGAAAUGCAGAGGUCGUGGAGGCGCUGUGUCCCUCCAGGGACAGGCCCCCGAGGACAGCAUCAUCAGUUCGUUUGUCCGGUCCUUCAAGUACGCAUACGGCCUCCGCUUCGAGGUCAAAGGCCGUGAGAUACUGGACGAGGACCGCCCCUGUGUCAUCAUCUCCAACCACCAGAGCAUCCUGGACAUGAUGGGCCUCAUGGAGGUCCUCCCCGACCGCUGCGUGCAGAUCGCCAAGCGGGAGCUGCUCUUCCUGGGGCCCGUGGGCCUGAUCAUGUACCUGGGGGGCGUCCUCUUCAUCAACCGGCAGCGCUCCCAGACGGCCAUGAGCGUGAUCACCGACGUGGGCGAGCGCAUGGUCAGGGAGAAGCUCAAAGUGUGGAUCUACCCGGAGGGCACACGGAACGACAACGGGGACCUUCUGCCUUUCAAGAAAGGCGCCUUCUACCUGGCGAUCCAGGCCCAGGUACCCAUCAUCCCCGUGGUUUACUCCAGCUUUUCCUCCUUCUACAGCUGUAAGACGAAGCUCUUCACUUCAGGAACCAUCCAGGUGGAGGUGCUGGACGCCAUCCCCACACGUGGUCUCACUGUCGCCGAUGUCCCCAAGCUUCUGGACACCUGCCACCAGGCCAUGAGGACGCGCUUUUUCCACAUAUCCAAGAUCCCCCCGAAGAACGGGGCCCCCUCGGGGCCCACCGCCCAGGAGAACGGGGCCCCCUCGGGGCCCGACGCCCAGGAGGCCCAGUAAUCAAGGCCCGGGGCUGGGCAGGACCUGGCUGGAUGAUGGACAGAGGAACACCCCCCCGCCCACCAGACACCACUGUGUCCCUUCUAGCCAUCCCCCGCCAGAAGCGGGGCAUCUCUUCCUGUCACUGCCUUGGGUCCAGGCCCCCCGAUGUCCCUGCAAGGGGGAGUUAGCCCCCCAAGCUCUGAGGGCAGGGCCUCGCCCACCCCCAUGCCUCUGGGGUCUGGCGUGGGAGCGGGUCUGGACCCCCAUGGGCUGACAGGGCAGGGCCGAGCUGCCCGGCCCCCACCCUCUGCCCAGGCCUGUGGGGCACAGAGGCCGGCCUGCAUCAGGCCCUCAGGGAGAGGUGGGGCUCUGGGGGGCCUGGACAUCGGGGCUCAGGCCACCAGCUGGCUCACUCCAGCUGGGCCUCAGGGAGCCAGAGAGCAGGGUCUGCGGCUCCCGCCGACUCUGGGGAGCGAGUCUGCUGAAUUGGGACUGUGCUCGUCACUGUUUUUUAUAAACGAACUCUGGGAAGUGCC